CAAGUACAUUUUUCUAGAAAUAAUUCUGGAAAAUCACGAAACGUCUAAGUUUUGAUCUUUUUGGAGUAUUUAUUCUUUUAUACAUGUCUCCUUUGUAUUUAUAUAUCUGGAUUCCCACAUGUAUAAAUAUAUGCAAAAAAAUAAUAUAUAUAUAUUUAUAUUUGAGUUAAAGAGAGGCUCUUUCGUGAUGAACACCUGCAGUAUAGUUUACAGCGUAACCGUUAGUGUGUUUCGAAAUACAAGAGAAUUAAAGUUCUGAAGGGUGGUUUUUGGUGGCUGCUUUAUUAAAAAUAUUGAAUUUUCUUAUACUUGAAGAAAAAAAUUCUCCUAUUAUGAUCAAAAAUAAAAAAAAUUUCAUGUUUUUUACAACAUUUUUUAAAGAAUCUUUGUAUGAGGGGUUGUUUUUAAGGGUAUAAAGUAUCAAAAUAUUAAAAUCAUGAUACAAAACAAUCAACAUUUAUUAUAUUUGAAAAUAACUAUAGCACAUUGCCGCUUUAUUUCAUUAGUUUUCAAUUUAUUGGAGUCGGGGGUGUUUUUCACCCCAUAAAAAUAAAAAGCAUACUUUACGACCAAGUCAGGUUUGAAGAGGAGGGUAAAAUUAACUUAAUUCCAAAUUUUCAAGAAGAUCGAUGAAGGUCUUUAAAAUUGCGAGGUUUAGGUCAAUUUUAAAUUUGAAUGGCUGUACUAUAAACGAAUUCAGCUUCCAUCAACAAGUUUCUUUAAAAUACACUAGUUAACAUGAAAUUCCUUCUAUUUGUGGAAAUCUAAGGAAUUAAUGAGAAUAUUUUCCUGGUUAUAUUCUCAAUACUAUGUGACAGAUAAAUGCAAUAUUUUCCUCAAAAAAUUGUUAUUGUUAAUUGAAAAAAUAUAUCAAUUACUGUAACCAUUAUUUUUUAUCUUAUCACGUAUUUUUAUGUGCAAUACCAUAGUAACACAAUGUACACAAAUACUCCAGAACUAAAUAAACGUUCCUAAACGUAAAUUCAGACUUUUUUUAACAUUUUGUAUAUAAUCUCGCAUGGCAGGAAAUCCGCAAGGUUAACGUUAUAAGUUAAUUAAAUUUAAAGAAGAUUAAGAAACUAUUAAAUAGUCAUUUAGGUAUUAAUAUGUAAUUUGGUAGAAGAUAAUUUCAAUUUUGUGUUAAGUGUUAAAGCUUUAUUUUGAAAUGACUUUCAAAAAGAUAUACAUAUGUCCUAUCUUGUUUGGACUCUGGCUACCAAUCACUGUUAUAAUUACAUACUCCGUUUCAGUCUUAACAGAACAUGUAAGACCUAUUCUACCUUAUAUAAGUGAUACUGGUACAUGGGCUCCGGAAAGCUGCAUAUUUGGAAUUAUGGUUUCUAUAGGAGCUGUAAUGUGGUGGAUUAUUUCGUACGUCAGAUAUAUGCAUAUAGCAGAGAUACAAGAAAAAAAUGACAUAUCAGGACCCAUGAAAAAAUUGAAUAAAUAUAGUUUGUAUAUAGCAACAUUAAGUGUUUUUGGUACUUUGAUUGUAGCAAAUUUUCAAGUGACUGAAAUAUUUAUAGUUCAUUUAAUGGGAGCUAGUUUAUGUUUUGGGUUUGGACUUUUAUAUCAAAUGUCUCAGGUGAUAUUAUCUUUCAAGAUGUUUCCUCUAAUAGGUCAUAAGAUACUAAAUUUAUUCCGAUUAUUUUUAACAAUACUGACGGCGGCGUCCUUCAUGAGUACAAGUAUUUGUGGUUACAUAUCGAUGAUUAACUUCAGAGGUGAAGAUUUAACUAAAUGGAAACCCGAUGACGGAGGAUACUUUUAUCAUAUAAUUAGUGCGAUAUCAGAAUACGUCCUCGUAACAGCAACAGUGUUGCAUAUUGCCACUUUUGUACACGAAUUUAGGGAUAUAGAAAUUCACCAACCUAUAGUUACUACAAAAACGUAUGUGACUAAUAAUUUGAACAUGUGAGCAAUUAAUAAUUUUGGCUGAUUUCUGUAGGAAAAGAAACGAUAUUUAAAAGCGGGGAAGCAUAGUCAACUUAUUGUAUAUUAAAUUUGUUCAUAGAAAUGGGAAAUAGGCCUAAAAUUGCAUACUAUUUUUUUCUAUUUAGUACUACUUGAAAACGGGAAACUGCCGAAUUAUUGGGUAGCUAGGCGUAAUGAAGUGAACCUCGCACUUAUAAAGGACUCGCGAGGUUUCUUCAGGAGACCCAGAAAAAAAUGAAUUUCCUUCAUAAAACUGACUGUAUUUGGAAUGUAACACACCGUAUAAAAUUUUUAAUAAAACAAUUACUGGAUAGCUGGGCGUAAUGAAGUGAACCUCACGCUUAUAAAGGACUCGCAAGGUUUCUUUAGCAGAUCCAGAAAAAAAUCAAUUUCCUUCGUAAAACUGGCUGUAUUUGGAAUGUAACAUAAUGUAUAAAAUUUUUAAUAAAACAAUUACUGGAUAGCUGGGCGUAAUGAAGUGAACCUCGCGCUUAUAAAGGACUCGCAAGGUUUCUUUAGCAGAUCCAGAAAAAAAUCAAUUUCCUUCGUAAAACUGACUGUAUUUGGAAUGUAACAUAAUGUAUAAAAUUUUUAAUAAAACAAUUACUGGAUAGCUGGGCGUAAUGAAGUGAACCUCGCGCUUAUAAAGGACUCGCAAGGUUUCUUUAGCAGAUCCAGAAAAAAAUCAAUUUCCUUCGUAAAACUGACUGUAUUUGGAAUGUAACAUAAUGUAUAAAAUUUUUAAUAAAACAAUUACUGGAUAGCUGGGCGUAAUGAAGUGAACCUCACGCUUAUAAAGGACUCGCAAGGUUUCUUUAGCAGAUCCAGAAAAAAAUCAAUUUCCUUCGUAAAACUGACUGUAUUUGGAAUGUAACAUAAUGUAUAAAAAUUUUAACAAAACAAUUACUGGAUAGCUGGCCGUAAUGAAGUGAACCUCGCACUUAUAAAGGACUCGCAAGGUUUCUUUAGCAGAUCCAGAAAAAAAUCAAUUUCUUUCGUAAAACUGGCUGUAUUUGGAAUGUAACAUACUGUAUAAAAAUUUUAAUAAAACAAUUACUGGAUAGCUGGGCGUAAUGAAGUGAACCUCGCGCUUAUAAAAGACUCGCAAGGUUUCUUUAGCAGAUCCAGAAAAAAAUCAAUUUCCUUCGUAAAACUGACUGUAUUUGGAAUGUAACAUACUGUAUAAAAAUUUUAACAAAACAAUUACUGGAUAGCUGGGCGUAAUGAAGUGAACCUCGCACUUAUAAAGGACUCGCAAGGUUUCUUUAGCAGAUCCAGAAAAAAAUCAAUUUCCUUCGUAAAACUGACUGUAUUUGGAAUGUAACAUACUGUAUAAAAAUUUUAAUAAAACAAUUACUGGAUAGCUGGGCGUAAUGAAGUGAACCUCGCACUUAUAAAGGACUCGCGAGGUUUCUUUAGCAGAUCCAGAAAAAAAUCAAUUUCCUUCGUAAAACUGACUGUAUUUGGAAUGUAACAUACUGUAUAAAAAUUUUAAUAAAAAAA